AUUGUUUCUAUUAAUAAUCUCUGCUCCGCAUUCAACUGGCAUUUGACAAGCCGCGACUAUUUCUACGUGUCAAGAGGUAAUUUUAUUGGAAUACGUGUAGUUAGCUUAAUAAAUUUGUGUUUCUUUAACAAAAAUAAAAUAAAAUGCAUACCGUACUAACGCGCGGAAAUGCCACUGUUGCAUAUUCAUUGAGUGUUCUCGCCUGCCUAACCUUUUGUUGUUUUCUUUCGACCGUCUUCCUGGACAGCAGGACUACUGCACACGUAAACACUGUAAAGGUGCUGGUCAAAAAUGUGCCUGACUAUGGCGCCUCUCGUGAAAAACAUGAUUUGGGUUUCCUUACUUUCGAUUUGGAGACUAAUUUGACAAGCCUGUUCAAUUGGAAUGUAAAACAAUUGUUCCUUUACCUGACCGCUGAAUAUAAAACUGCAGACAAUGUGCUGAAUCAAGUUGUGUUGUGGGACAAAAUAAUUUUACGCGGUGAAAAUUCUGCAUUAGAUUUUAAGAACAUGAAUACAAAGUAUUACUUCUGGGAUGAUGGCAAUGGUUUGAAAAACAACAAAAAUGUUUCGCUAUAUCUAUCGUGGAAUAUCAUACCAAAUGCAGGCUUGUUGCCAACAAUCAGAUCACUUGGAUCUCACACAUUCAAAUUUCCUGCCGAAUAUUCAGUUGCUUCGGUGUAAUAGCUUCACUCAUUUUUACUAAUAAAUUACACAUUGGAUUUAUAAUUAAAAGGAAUAACUGAAACAAACACAAAUUAGAUUUGUAUAUAUCAAAAUACCGCGAAUUUUAAAGUGUAUUUGCUUUGUAUUUUGGAUCCUAAAUAUAUUUAAAUAAACAAUAAA